AUGCACCACCCCACCCUCCCCGCCCUCCUCACCCUCCUCCUCACCCUCCUCCUCACCCUCCUCCUCACCCUCCUCCUCACCCUCCUCCUCACCCUCCUCCUCACCCUCCUCCUCACCCUCCUCCUCACCCUCCUCCUCACCCUCCUCCUCACCCCCCUCGCCCUCGCCGACGCCUGCGUCGAAUCCGGCCCCGCCGCCGAAGUAACCGCCGUCUCCUACUGUUGCGCCAAAGUCUCGGGCACGUGGUACCAACUCUACCCCGUUCAAGCUAUCUGCGUCAUCGCUGAGUAUCCCGGGGCAGGGGGAGGGGUGGGGGGGAGAGAGGGAGGGGUGAAGGGGCGCGAGGAGAGAGGAAGAGAUGGGGAGGAGAAGGAGAGAAGGAGAGAGAUGACGAUGAGAAAGGUGAAAAUAGGAGAGGUAACAAAGUUUCGGGGAGGAAGAGACGCGCGAUACGAUGGCAGUGGCAAGGAGACAGCGAAGUCAGAGGUGUAGUAGUACGAGGACAGACAGACAGGCAGUGGAUUGUACAUUCCCCCCCCCAAAAAAGGCAUUCGCAGUUCCAAGAACCAUUUCCUCGAAUGACCAAAUAUACCUACCCAUCCCAGUGGUCCACGCAUUUCUCCUGCUGAUCCCCUCCAAACUCCCUGUCCUCACGCAUUUCUCCGGCUGAUCACUUUCAAACCCCUUGUCCCCUGACCCACUCACUCCUGUUCCCUCAACUACAGACUUUCUAGAAUACUUGGCGCCAGCAGAGUGGAUGUUGAGUUUGGGGAUUUUAAUUUACUAUAAGAGAGCACAGCACACAUUCUCGGGGUAUUACCAUACUAUACCUUCACACCACGAGGCGGACAUCAAGGCGGACAAUUGAGUACUCCUCCGAGACUCGUCCCCCGGCUCGGCGUGAUAAGAGCCGGGAACGGCAUUAUAAGACAGGGGCAUCUCGCCGUCCUCCGCGAGGCGGGCCGCAUUUUCAGCCUGCGUGAGAAGUGUAAUCUAGACCGGUAUUCUCCGCGGCGAGGAAGGAAUUGAUUUUGAUCGUUUUUAGGCGGAGGUUUGCCGGGGGGGGGUUAAGUGGAAGGGGUGAGAUACCAGCGCUUGGGCGCGAACUGUCUUGAACCGAGCGCCUGGAGCACGUCGAUUGUGAUUCGUGUCGAUUCUAGCGUCCUAGCUCCUUGAAGCUUUGAGCUUCUUCGAACGUUGGUCUGGUGGGAAAGCCGUGCAUUUUGCGGGGGAUAAUGGCGAUGGGAAAAAAAAUAUAUUAGGGGGGGUUGAUGGAAGUAUGGAGGGGAUGGAGAUACUUCCUGAUUUGGCGGUUGAUAAUAUAAUCACUUUGUGUAGGGUAUUGGAUGCGACUUGGAGUAUAUUGGUACGCUACAAUAUUUAUUCGUAUAUAUCCUUUCAGCGGUUGUUUAUUUGGUUUUAUUGAUUGUCUAUGUUAUUGGGGUCGUAUUAAGAGUGUAUUGU